CGAUCGCGCUUGCGAGAGAGAGAGAGAGUUUUGGAGAAACAGACGGCUCCGCCACAGCGACCAGAAUCUUAGUUCUUCUCCGUCCGUCAGGUUUUGCUUGCUUCUUAUGGAACCAAAUACGCUUAACCAUUGAGAUUGUUGCACCCACUUUCUACUCAUGUGGAAGUCUCCUGCCAUGUCCAUUCUCGUUGGGCGGUUGACUCGGCUUGGAGUUACUAGGGCCCAAAUUCUGAAUUCGACUUACAGUACUGUGGUGCAAGCUCAAAUAUCUAACCAAAGAGCUGCAAAGACUACGGUGGCCUUGGAGGAUCAACACAACCACCAAGGUAACAGUUACGAUCCAGAGAAGAAUGCUGAAGGGGAGAAAAGGGACCAAAUAGGAUGGAAUGUUCCUAGAAAGGAUAAGGUUAACUUUCUUGUAAAAACUCUUCUAGAUCUCAGUGACAGUAAGGAGGCUGUUUACGGUUCUCUUGAUGGAUGGGUUGCAUGGGAGGAAGACUUUCCCAUUGGAAAAAUUAGGAUGGCGUUAAUUGCUCUUGAGAAGGAACAGCAGUGGCAUAGAAUAGUUCAGGUAAUCAAAUGGAUGCUAAGCAAGGGACAAGGAAACACAAUGGGAACAUAUGGGCAACUGAUCCGAGCUUUAGAUAUGGACCAGAGACCCGAAGAAGCACACAAGUUUUGGGAGAAGAAGAUUGGCAUGGAUUUGCAUGCAGUUCCAUGGAAGUUAUGCAAAAGUAUGAUAGCUAUAUAUUAUCGAAACAACAUGUUGAAGAAUCUUGUAAAGCUUUUUGAGGGCCUGGAAGCUUUUGAUCGGAAACCUCCAGAGAAGUCAAUUGUCCGGAGAGUGGCAGAUGCAUAUGAGAUGUUAGGCAUGCUUGAAGACAAAGAGAGGGUGUUACAGAAGUACAACUAUCUUUUCACAGAAAAUGUAGCACUCAAGAAAUCCACAAUGGCCUUGUAUAAGAAAAAGAAGAAACACGGUUAGAACUUUUGAUCAAUGAUUUACGGCUCAUUUGGAAGAGCUUUUAAAAUGACUGUAAGCACUUUUAGUGAACUAGCUCGUUUGGAUGUGCUUUUAAAAUGAUUGAACACGUUUUUGGUGAAAAUAUUUUUAGUAAAAAUGCAAGUAAAUCGCACUUAAAAGUGCUUCUUGGAAGAAGCACAUAACUAAUGUUUUUUGUAGAAAGCACUUCAAGUGCAUUUGGAACAUAAACAUUUUCUCUAAAAGUGCUUCAGCCAUUUUAAAAGCACAUCCAAAGCACUUUUAAGUAUUUUUUGGAAGAAGCACCAGAUAUGUACUUCUUGUAGGAAUCACUUAAAGUGCUUUUUCAAAAUCCACAAAAAUUGUUAUUGAGGGUUGGUUUAAAAAACAUUUCAACCAAAAGCGUUUUCCGUUAUUUUAAAAACAUAUCCAAACGAACCCUUAAACUAAUCGGUCAAUUGUACGAGGAAUUAUGCACUGUAGAUGCGGUUUUGAGAAUAAAGGCAAACAAAAUUGUGUAA